CUCAGUCCGGGGCGCGCGCCGCGUCGGUUUGCGGGGCCGCCGAGGGCCGUUCCGCCUCAUGGAGCCGGGCGCCCGCCACCGCCGCCGCCUGCUGCUGCACGACCCGCCGAGCUUGGCGCUGCUGCCGGCGGAGGACGAGACCCCCUUCGCCCGCCGGAGAAGCCUGGGCUGUGGCGGUUCAAGUGAAUAUUGCAUGCAGAUGUUGGAAGCAAGGAAUGCCAGUUUGAAAAGGACCUCUUCUUCUGAUUCUACAGAUUCAGGCUGCUGCAUGGAUUCUCCCAUCCUGCUUGGCAUGAAAGACCUUGAGGAAACCUUUCGACUGCCCAUGAGAAGAAUGUACUCCCUCCCGCACAGCCUGCUGGGCUGCAGUCCUGCACUGAAGAGAAGCCACUCGACUCUCCCAGACUGUGAUGUCUUCCAGGCCUUUGGCCCUGAGGAAAACAAAGAGAACGAGCACUUUGAGUUCAAGAAACCAACAAGACCUGCCUCGCGUAGCUCUCUGCGCCUCUCUUCUCUUGAAGAUGAAAAAGAUGCCUCGGAGCUGAGACCGAAGUCCGAUACAGUAUUUAUGUUCUGCAGUGGUCAGAAUACUGAAAACGAUCCCGAAACCGAUAGCCCCGGACUCCUGCGGCAGCAGUCCCAGAAGGUCUCAGAAACAGAAGAUGAUGAUGGAUUUUUAGAGAUUGUGAAUGGCCAGGAUAGCACUAAUAACGAAGAGGUGCCUUCUGAGAUGGCGAGCCUUUGGACUGCUCCUCUGGUCGUGGCCAAAGGGGAGGAUCUGCGGAGUCAGCAGUACAAAUUGUGCAGCAGGGAAGGCAAGCUGCACAGCGUGGCUAAGACGGCCGUGAAAAGGAUGGAGAGGACCUUGGAAGGGAGCGUCCUGGGCUUCAGCAAGAGGAGGAGAAAUGCCCAUGCCGGACUUUCAGAAGAACCAAUGCAUCCAUUCUCUUCCUCUUUGGAGAUAGGGAAUGUUUUGGAUGGCAACCAAAGGGACCUGAUUGGUGACUUUUCAAAGGGCUACCUCUUCCACACUGUUGAUGGCAAACAUCAGGAUCUGAAAUAUAUUGACCCAGAAACGAUCGUCGCUGUCUUGAAUGGCAAGUUCUCUGUAUUCAUCAAGGAGUGCGUGAUCAUUGACUGCAGGUUUCCCUAUGAGUACGAAGGAGGUCAUAUAAAGGGCGCUCUAAACCUUCACGUGGAGGAGGACGUCGAGGACUUCCUGCUCAAGCAGCCCAUUGUGCCGUCUGGCAACAAGCGAGUCGUUGUUGUUUUCCACUGCGAGUUCUCGUCAGAGCGGGCCCCCCGCAUGUGCCGAUUUGUAAGAGAAAGAGAUAGGCUUGGCAACGAAUACCCCAGUCUGCACUACCCAGAGCUCUACGUCCUGAAAGGGGGGUACAAGGACUUCUUCCUCAAAUGCAAGAGCUACUGCGAGCCGCAGGGCUACCGGCCCAUGCACCACAAGGACUUCAAGGAAGACCUGCGCAGGUUUCGCACGAAGAGCAGGACGUGGGCUGGGGAGAAGAGCAAGAGGGAGCACUACAGCCGCCUGAAGAAGCUCUGAGGGCGCCGCGUGGGGCUGCCUGGUCCCGCCAGCUGGAGCCGGGCCAGAAGGACACACGGGGACGUGUCUGUGGGGGGGGGGUGUCUUUGCUCCAUGCCGCCUUUCCUUUGCCGCUGGAUCCGUUCUGCAAGACCAGAGGGCGGUCAGGCCCCGGGCGGUUAGUGUUCUAGCUGCGAAUCCUGGAAUUUCCCACGUCCUUCGAGACAAUCCAUGGAAAAGUAGAGAUGGGAAGCAGAAGGAUGUAACUGCGUUGUGCAGUUGUAAGAUUUUAAUAGAUUUUAAAAUUGUGCUUUUUGUAUUUUAAUAUAGUCAGAUGAAGCUAAUUUACCUUCGCUGUACAAGCUGUGCUCGGUUUUCCAAAGCUGGCAUUUUCUUUUCUGUCACUUAACUAAACAACAAGUGCUUAGCUACCAAAAGAACAACUUAAAAAAGAAAA